AUGAGCUCUGGGGAGUCCUACUUCGUGUCUGACUACGACCCCACUAUCGAGGACUCCUACACGAAGAUCUGCACUGUGGAUGGCGUCCCGGCCCGGCUGGACAUCCUGGACACCGCGGGCCAGGAGGAGUUUGGGGCCAUGAGAGAGCAGUACAUGCGUGCCGGCCAUGGCUUCCUGCUGGUGUUCGCCAUCAACGACCGGCAGAGUUUCAACGAGGUGGGCAAGCUCUUCACACAAAUUCUCCGGGUCAAGGACCGCGACGACUUCCCCAUCGUGCUGGUCGGGAACAAGGCAGAUCUGGAGGCACAGCGCCAGGUGCCCCGAUCGGAAGCAUCGACCUUUGGCGCUUCCCACCACGUGCCCUACUUUGAGGCCUCGGCCAAGCUGCGUCUCAACGUGGACGAGGCUUUUGAGCAGCUGGUGCGGGCCGUCCGGAAAUACCAGGAACAAGAGCUCCCACCCACCCCUCCCAGUGCCCCCAGGAAGAAGGGCGGUGGCUGCCCCUGCGUCCUCCUGUAGCCCAGGCAAGAGAGAAGCAACAGGCACAAGCUCUUGGGACCAGCUGCCUUCGCACCUUGCUGUGUGGCCCGAGGCCCUCACUGAGCCUGUUUCCUCAUCUGGGUCUCCCAGGACACAUCACGCGCCCCACCCUUACUUCUCCUGGCCUCUUCUGGGCUACUGCCACUGUGUGCCUUCUGCCAAUGCUGCCUGUCCCCACCUAAACCUGGUGGGGGUGAGGGGCUCCUGGUCACUGCUGUAUAUAACUCCCCUCCCACAGAAAAAUAAACGUCACUGCCAAAGUCA